AUGGGACAACCAAUGCGAGGAGGCAUUUCAACAGAUAAAGGUGAUGAUCAGCAGCACCACGAUAAUGAGUCGACCGGUAGAAGAGCUGCCUCUACAGUAUACCUAUCGGUCUCAGACGACACGAUCAGCACGACCUUAGUGCAAGAAAAUCCAGAGCAGCGACUGGUGUACUUUAUCAACCGGGUAUUGCAGAGCUCGGAAAUGAGGUACCAGCUGAUAGAAAAGAUAGCUUUAGCGCUAAUGACAGCUGCACGCCGAUUACGUCGAUACUUCCAGAGCCACCAGGUGAUCAUCCGCACCGAUCAUCCUAUAGCCAAGAUACUCAGGAAGCCUGACCUGGCCGGAAGAAUGAUUGCUUCGUCGGUUGAGCUAUCUGAGUUUGGCCUCAAGUAUAAGCCAAGAGGAUCUGUCAAGGGGCAACAGUUGGCAGAUUUCGCUGUAGAACUCCACGGGUCGAUCUCCCCGUCGGAACAAAUAUGGGUCCUCUUCGUCGAUGGCUCGUCGGACAAACGCAAUGCUGGAGCAGGGAUUGUCAUCGAAGGACCGAGCAGCUUUACGGUCGACCACUCCCUGCAAUUCAAGUUCAGAGCAACUAACAACCAAGCAAAGUUUGAAGCACUGAUCGCCGGACUGAGGCUAGCAAAGGAUCUAGGCGCCAGAAGGUUAAAGUGUAACACUGAUUCGCGACUCGUGGUCAGGCAAGUGCAAGGGGAAUAUCAAGUUAAAGAUGAUCUACUAUUGCAAUAUUAUCACAAGGUGGUUGAAGCCAUGAAAGAGUUCGAAGAAGUAACUAUCCACCAUAUCCCCCAAGCGGAGAAUGCCAGAGCCGAUAGGCUAUCCAAGCUGGCAGAGGGGAAAGAGAAAGGUCAGUUGAAAACCAUCAUCAGGCAAACCCUGAUGAGACCCUCGGCAGGAGAAUGCGCAGCGAUCGAUCGGCCAGUAGACUGGAUGAGUGAGCUGCGGGAACUUCUGAGAAGAUGUGAUGCCGGAGAAGACAUGAAGCAGAUCGAGCGGCGUCGGGCGCUUCGAUUUGUCACUAUCGGAGAGGAUCUGUACAAACGAGGCUUCACCGCACCGCUCCUCAAAUGCCUAUCGGAGGAAGAAGUAGGAUACGUCAUGAACGAGGUCCACAAUGGCGUUUGCGGGAUGCACACCUGA